AUGAUGCUUUCGAGGGUCAUCUCGCUGGGCUGCGCUGGGUUUGAGCCACAAGAGCUGGAGGACCCAGUACAGCUAGAAUGGGUUCCCGGCUCUAUGGAGACGACGACCUGGGGCACGGAGUCGGCCUAUGCCCUGCGUGCGUGCUUCUUGUCGAACAGAAGCCAGUUCUUGUGCCGCGCCAUGUUGCCCGCUUUGUUCCACUUGAUGAAUUCGUCGGCGACGGGCUGCGGAACGAGGCCCUGGGCAAGGACGGUGCGGUGCAGAUCUGAGCCGUUCCUGUGGUGUACGCCCGCCUCGAGCUCAAGAUGGUGCGUGUGGGCUGUCGCCUGGACGAGAAACUUGGCCUCGGAGGUGAUCGCUGCGGGCACGGCGGUGAAGUGGUGGCCGCUCGGCUUGUUCUGGAGGUAG